AUGGCCGCCGUGACGUUCGAAGAGGAGGUCUCCAGGCUGGCUGCCGGCGCAGCGGCCGUCUCGCCGGCGCUGGUGAGGACGGCCGUGGGGGCACUGGCACGCAGCAGCGCCGCCCGCGCCGCUGCCGAUGCCCUGUUCCAUCUCUUCGCCGGCACCAUAAGCGUCGUCUUCGUCGCAACAUUCCUCUACCUCGUCGUGUUCCGGGCCUGCGUCGGGAACUGCGCCGUGGCCUCGGUAGUUUGGGAGAUCUUGGUUUAUUCUGGUUUGCUCUCCCUGCUACUCAUGGUGCCAGCGAUGGUGCUCUUCUUCCUGCGCGCCGCCGGCAGCGGCACCGAGGUCAAGGAUGAUGUGGAUGGUCGCGUCCGUCGGUGGCCGCUAAUCUGGGACGCGGCUGUGGCGUUCUUCCACCUGGCGGCCUUUGUGGGACUCAUUGGUCUCGUUCUUCUAAUCUGUGGCAGGUUUCAAGAGGUUUCUUACCUUCUCCGCACUGCGGCUGUGCUGUGCAAGCUCCUACUCACCGCGCUCUUCUCCAUCCGUGCUGCUGUGGCGCUGUGGAGGAUGAAUCCUCAGCAGCCGGCUGCAGUUGCUGUUGCGGUAGUGUGAUGAGUGUACGGAGAGUAGUAAUCUAUCUAGUAACUAGUGCGUACUGAUGCAGUCAGUCACUAUGCUUCUUUGGUUACUCUGAACUCUCUGAAGUACCGAACCUAUCCCUAAGUAACACAGGUCCAUUGUUUACCUAUGCCCAUAUGCGUGUCAGCGAUCAAGUGCCUCCUGGCGAACCGGUGACGCGGGAAGCAGCAGUCCAAGUUCCAGCCAGGCCUCGUCGCAAGCCUCAGCGGCCCGCUAGGCUUGCUGGGCCUGAGUGGGUCUAGUCCUCUGUAACGGGUACAUAUACUGGUGUGUGUGCGUGAGUAGGGGGAGGCUGGCAGAACGGCUAGAAGCCGGGGCAUGGCAAGCGUGUGUGGCUCAGGAACUCGAUCCCCUCCUCCUCUAUUCCCCAAUUUGUAAUCCGAAUGCUUGAAUUCCGCCAUGAUUGAUGAUUAGAGAGAGUAGUGUUGACAAUC